AACGCUAAAUGAUUGGAUCAAAUUAAUAGACAAAUUUUAUUUGUUUGACGACAAUAUCGAAGUUAAUAUGCUGUUUGUAACCAAAGAUAAUGAUCGGGUAUACGGUUUGGGUAAUAAUAGACUCGGUAUACUUGGAUUAGGACAUUCUCAUUGUAUGAGUGAACCACAAGAGAUCAUUGAAUUGAGACAUAAAAAGUGUAUUAAUUUCAUAAACGGAUCUGAAUUUAUUGUUUGUUUGACGAGUGAUAAUUGUUUGUAUAGUUGGGGUUAUAAUAGAUACGGACAAUUGGGUCAGGGAUUAUGUGAAGAUUAUGAAACUAAAAAACCAAUGAUUAUCAGAAUUAAUGGAAAAAAUGAUUUUUUAAUACAUGAUGUGAGUUGUGGUACAAAUCAUACAUUAGUUUUAAUCGAUAAUAAUAAUGAAGUGUAUGGUUGGGGUAGCAAUCAAUUCGGACAAAUCGGUAGCCGAAACACCACUAGUGAUGCUAUCACUAAACCCGAAAAGAUUGAAUUCAAUGGCAAUUAUUUUAUAAAAUCUGUUCACUGUUUUGAUAACUCAUCGUUUGCACUGACAAUGGAUGGACAGGUGUUUUGUUGGGGUUAUAAUUGUAGAAAUUUAUUGGGUCUUAAUUCUAAUGAUACGAAAAUAUGUUUACCACAAUUGAUAUGCAAUUUGAAUGGCAUUACAUCAGUAAAAUGUGGUUAUCUAUUGAAAGAUUUUAUGUGUUUGACGACAGUUUGGGAGUUAAUAUGCUGUUUGUAA